AUGGUCAGCCCACUGGGUACCUUCAUGCCUCCUGACUCGUGGUUCAGUCACGUGCACUUGGGCCUCGAAGGCCUUUUGCCCCCAUCACAUAACAGCCAGUAUUUGCAAACCUGCGUAGACUGGUGCACGCGGUGGCCUGAGGCACUACAGCUCACCGAAAUCACGGCAGAGUCAGUCGCCCACGGACUCAUCACCGUGUGGAUAAGCCACCACGGAGUUCCCAAGACCAUCACAACGGAUCGAGGUCGUCAAUUUGACUUCGCGCUCUUCCGCACCUUGUCCCGAUUGCUUGGUGUCAACCACAUCAGGACGACGGCCUACCACCUGAUGUCGAAUGGCAUGGUUGAGCGAUUUCACCGCCAACUCAAAGCUUUCCUCAUGGCCCCACAGUCGUUGAUAACCUGGACAGAGCGACUACUACUCGUCCUCCUCACCCUACGCAGCACGAUACGUACGGACGUGUCCUGCUCCUCAGCUGAGCUCGUAUUUGGCACUACCCUAAGGCUUCCUGGACAGUUUUUCGACAUGUCACCGGUAUCACCAUUGGACGUAGCUGAUUAUGCCAGUCGCCUCAGGAAUGCCAUGAGAGAUGUGUCCCGUAUCCCUGCCCGUCAAAACUGUCGCCCAAGUUUCGUCAGUUGUGCGCUCCGCGACUGCACCCACGUCAUCGUAUGA